UGGUGGAGGUCGUAGUCGGUUUUCUCUCACGAACGAUAGUAGUUCAGCGCAGUGCUAUCAUCAUCUCGCCCUGUAACGAUGAUGAUAUGACGGGAAAACAUCGAUAUAUCGUGCGGUUGUUGGUGGAAUUUUGCGAAAUAAAUCCGUGAAGUCAGCAACGAUGGAGUGUUGCGGUAACGAAAAGUCACCAAGAGCAGAACAGUAUUGAAACAACCAACGGUGACAGACGGCCGUGCAGUGUGAAAAUGAUAUAAUUUUGAAAUCGAGCCAAUAGGAAUAUCGAUCGGCAGUUGACUUGACCGCCGGUAGCGAAGCGCAUGGGUGGGAGUGAGUGUUGAGCCUAAACGAGGUGAGUGUCGUCCCAAGUCAAGUGGGUGGUGGAGUGAGGGAAAAUGAUCUCGCUGGCAGAGCCGGAAACGAAUAGUGGGGUGGCGCAGAGAAAAGCCAAAUUUUUGCCGCAAUUUGUGCGGCGUUUGGGAAUUGGCGGUAAGAACAGAACGGGGCCGAAGAAUGGGCUCGAGGCGGAAGAUGACGUAUUUUUGCGAAAAAGAGUAGUGUCGUUCGAAUGCAAUAAUGAUUCGGGUGCAUCGGAGAGUGUCAUCGAGGGCGAUGGAAGAAGCAGUAGUGAUAGGCCUUGCAGCUUGCCGUUAUUCGUUCGAACAAAUGAUUUGGGACGGUUUGUAGAUGGACGAGAAGAUAAAGCAAUCAGUUUGGGCGGUGAAGCAGGUGUGCGAAAAACAUCGAUACUCAAGCCCAGUGGUUCCCAAGUAAUUGUGAUUGAUUACGGCAUCGGUGGGCGUGAUGUGUGCGUCCGGGCGAGAACUGUUUCCCGUCAGACCGAUGACUUCACCAACAGUUCCGGCAAUGAAUCUUCCUCGUCUCCGUUCCGGCGGGGAUCGUCAUUUAGGCAGAGUCUUAAUUACCUUUUCAAACGCAAUAAAUUCAAAGUGAAAGACCGCUCCUGCACCAGUGACAGCGAUUCCAACGCUGUUUUAGAGCUUGAUGAAGAAGCCAACGCCGAUGACGCUCCUGGUAAACCAUUGUUGGAUGCGUUCCUGCCGGAAAAAGUGCCUAGUAAACGUGCCAGCACCGGAGACAUAUUCGACGACAUAGUGCUACAACUCAAUGAGGACUUUGGAGUUAAAAAUAGUGUCAAGUCGCACAGACGGAUGCAUUCUGACUCGUUAUGCAUAGGGAAGGGUAUAGCUUCGUCGAAUACCACGCAAAGUGAUAGAUCAACGAGCAGCGUUGGCCUCGGAUUUCGCCCUCUGCCGAGUUCUCCCACCAUAGAGCAGCUGAGUUCCGAUGUGCAGAUACCCAGCAGUAGCCAACUGUCACGUAGUCCAAGUCACAACAAUUCCACUAAGAGUGAUCAAAAAUCUUUGAAAUCUCUAACGUCCUCUCCACUGUCAGUAUCGCCAACCAUAAGGAGCUCCAGCCCGCAUCCGUCAAAAUCGUUCGCCAAACAUGAUGCCAUCGAAAAGUCCGAGAAGCCAGAGAAGGAGAAAAAGAAAAAAGAAUUCAGCAGCUCGCGACAGAAAAAGUUCUCCCGCCAUUUCACGCAGGUCGAGGAUGAAAAGGUUUUGAAUUAUUUCUCAUGUGCAUUGAUUAGCGAUAUUCUUCUCCAAGGCCAUCUCUAUGUUACUCAAAAUUAUUUUGCAUUCUACUCCAAUGUGUUUGGUUAUGUAACAAAGCUCUUAAUUCCCACGGUGUCAGUGAUAAAAAUCUCCAAGGAGAAGACAGCCAAAAUGUUCCCGAAUGCGGUCGGUGUCACAACGUGCGACGAUCGGCACGUGUUCGGUAGCUUUAUGAGCCGCGAAGCCGCCUACCGGUUGAUGUGCAGCGUGUGGCGUCCGGUUGCGCCGCCGGAGAUCGAGGAACCGAUCGCCCAGAAGGCGCCACCGGACGUCGAGGUGUCCGAGUGCUCGGUCGAGGAUGACAGCAGCUGCUCAAUUAGUGGUAACGAAAGUUCUUCCCAAGUGAAAGAUAAAAAGUCUGACGUAGUUGAUUCGGGUGAUUCUACUAACGAUAAGGUCACGGUGAUUGAUGGCAUUAAGCGGUCUCUGGAUGUUUCCAAAAAUCUUAAGUCAGUCCAGAAGGAGAUUAUUAUCAAAGCGCCAGUGGCGCUGAUGGCUUCCGCUGCAGUUUUGAAGACGUCACCCGGCAACGCCACUCUUAGAGAGAAACCCAGCUUUAGUGAUAACCCCUAUCAAAGUAGUAAUAAUAAUAGUACUAGCAACGCUAACAACAGCAUUCUAACAAGACUUAGAAUUAGGCUACAACAAAUCUUUCCCUCCGAUUUUGGUGUUAUACACGUAGGAAUAAUUUUAGCGAUAGUGUUAGCACUGUUUUCUUGUUUUCUCAUGUACAAAAUACAUUACCUGCAGUCGCGGAUAUCCAACUUCAACAACUUCCGAUGGGGCGACGACGAUAAUAUGGAUGUGUACGCGGAGGUUCUCAAGUGGCAGAAGCAAAUGCAGGACAGAAGCACGGAGGAGGCUCAAAUAGUUCUCAAUUCUAAUUUGGAGCAAAUUGCGAAGGUGCGCAAAAGUCUGGAAACUUUGUCAAUCCUUCUGCACGAUUCUACCAAGAAGUAUGGUAUAACGCUAAGCAACACCGGGGGCGUAGCCAGCUCUGCGGACAGUACGAUACUCGAAUCCACAUCCGACUACGGGGCGUAGCAAGUAAUCGUAGACUCUGACACACUAAUUGUAGGUGGGAAUAUGUGAUGUAGUAGCAGCAGCAGCUAGUAGGGAUUUUUUAUCAUUAAUUUAUUACCGUGAUAUUUAGUUCAGUAAGUAUUUAUUCACAAGGUAAGCUAUGUUCGCAUUUAAAGUAAAUGUUAAAUACCGUGGGACAGACGUUCCAACAGUUCAGUGGUGUGCGCAGGAUCGGUCACAGGAGAUAAUUAGUUAAAAAUGUAAAAGACAGCUUAUUGAAACUUUGAAACAAACUAAGUCAAAAACGUGUCUGAGGAAGCCAUGUUUCCUCUACUCUACGGUUGUAGUUGGGUUUAUUGAUUAGAGUAGGUUUUCCUGCCCCCAGCCUAGCUGGAUACACGUAAUCUUAUGUUUAACUUUCAUAGAUGUUUCGGAAUAAUGUUUCCUAAGCUUCCUUAUGGUACCAAUACGAA